CAUACGUGAGCCCUAUGUCUGUGAGACAUGCAUUGCGUGCAAAGGAUUUGUUGGCAUUUGUGAGGAAAUAGUGUUUUGUUGUGAUUUGUGUUGCAAUCGAAAUGCGAUUCAAUUGAAAGCCAUUUGACGGCAAACCGUGUCUUGUAUUCAAUGUUACGCUUAAAUCGAGUCCUCGUUUCCCGAAAUUUGAAGCAAAUGUCAAAUAUUAUGACAAAAAGUGGUUAUUAUUACAGCUCUGAACCCCCGGAUCAGUCGUUGCCUUCUGGAGCCAUAUCAGCGCCACAACGACGUCCCCACUCGAGCCCUGUGUUCACUUCGGACUCAUUCCUCCGCAGAACCACUCCUGAGAUGAAUCUCUUCGGACCGCAUGACACGAGAGCACCACUUAAUGGCAAUAUAGGCGUCGGUUUGGACAACACGUCUCACAUCCAUCACCAGCUCCUCCAACAGAUCGCCCAACAUAUCAAUGCCUUUAACUCUAAGCCAUCACUUCUUGAGAUCAGAGAUAUAGACAUCGAUUUGUUUCUGUCCAACAGUUACAAGAGUCGGUGCCAUAAGUUCUUCCGAGUCCUCAAAUACCAGAAGCUGUGGCCCAAAGAUAUGGAUUCUGUGGGCGCCCUCUCAGAGGUGGUCGACUGCAAUGCACACCAACUCUCGCCUCAAAUGAUCAAAAAGUUUGCUCUUCUUUUCCCAAGAAGUAUAAGACAGGCAUUGAGUGAAGGCUUGACUGCCAUCACAUUGAGUCGUAAAACUGUGAACGAUAUGAGCGGAUACUCAGAGGCUGUGGAACUCGAGAGGGAAGACUUCUUCGAGAAGUUCGUGUCCAACGCGAAGACUGUUUGCGAAGAACUGCAAAGUAGUGGUUAUUGGGCCGACUUUAUUGAUCCAUAUUCUGGUCAACCAUUUCUGAGUGAUCACACGAACGAAACUCUAUUCGAAACGGACGACCGAUUCGUUCACUUGGGGUUCAGGAUUGAAGACCUGGGCUGUUGUAAAGCCAUAUAUCACCCCAAAUGGGCCACUCAUGUGAUUGUGGGCACUAUAUUCACGACAGCGCCGCACAACUCGCCGGCGCUCUCGAAACUCAUCACAGAUUCAGUCGAUUCGAUCAAUAAGUAGCCCAAAGGGAUGACCUGAUUGUCUGAUUGUGUGUCUAUUUAAAUGAUUUCCCAAAUAUUUAAUUAUUAUCUUUGAAAAGAUGUUAAUAACGAGAAAAUAUUGUUUUCGAUAAUUAAUUGCAAUUAUUAUUAUUAAAUUCAAUAAUUUGUUAACAAA